UAGGGGGAGUUCCGUGUUGAGGUGGCGGAAGGCGUGAAGGAAUAAGAAAAAGGUUCUUGGACGGUACUACAAGCCAUUUUGAGCAGUUUCAGUAUGUAGCAGUCGAUUUGGAUUUUCAUUAAUAUUCAUUUGUGGAACUUCUGCAGCGUUUUCUGAAGCAUCUCUAUAAGCGAAGAGUCACUUUGUUACCACUGCAGGAACCCAGAAAUUAAAAGAGAAAUACAAUACAGCACUGAACAACGUUAACAGAUCUCCACACAACAGUAAAGAAUUUAACAGGGCAAAAUGACAGAAGAUUCUUCUGCUGACUUAUACUUCUCCCAAGCUUUGGAGAGACUGGGAGAAUGUGACGCAAAUCUAGCUGUUGCAAAGGCUAAAGAAAAACUGGACGGUCUUGAUAGUGUGACUCUGAAUAUUGCAGUGGCUGGGGAAACAGGAGCAGGAAAGUCUGCAUUCAUCAAUGCAUUUCGAGGUCUGGAUGAUGAUGAUGACAAUUCUGCACCAACUGGAAUAACUGAAACAACAAAGCAAGCCACCAUGUAUACCCAUCCCUCAAAGUCAAAUGUCCGACUGUGGGACCUGCCAGGGACUGGCAUGCCUAAUUUCAAGGCUAACAAUUUCCUCAAGGAAGUGAAAUUUGAGACUUAUGAUUUAUUCAUCAUCAUUUCCUCUGAGAGGUUCAAGGAAAAUGAUGUCUUUCUGGCCAAGGAGAUUGAAAAAAAGCAGAAGAGGUUUUAUUUUGUCCGGACCAAGAUUGACAAUGACAUCCGGUCAGUGGCAAAGACAAGAAAUUUCGAUGAGCAGAAGGUACUUUGCACAAUUAGAGAGGACUGUCGCAGAAAUGUGAAGGAGCUGGGAAACCCCAAGGUGUUCCUGAUUUCCUCUUAUGACUUGGGAAAAUAUGACUUCCAUGACCUGGUAGAUACCCUAGAGUCAGAGCUUAUAGAAAACAAGAGAUUUGCUCUGGUCCAGUCUGUGCCUGUGUGCUCUCUGGCUAUGCUAGAGAAGAAAAAAGCGUUUAUGGAGAAGUUGAUUUGGCUUGCAGGAGUAGCCUCAGGUCUGGGAGCCAUUGUCCCUGUUCCUUUAUUACCUGUGGUCAUUGACAAGAUGGUAUUGACGACCUUUAUUGUACAAUGUCAUUACGCUCUGGGUUUGAAUGAGAAUUCACUCAUCGUACUGUCUGAGAGAACGAACAAGCCUCUUUCACAGCUGAAAUCAGCUAUUAAGUCUCCUUUAGCAUUAGCAGUAGUAGACAAACUGAGAAUUAUGCCUCGUACAUCCGUGGUAAAACCAAUGAAAAGCUUAGAAGAACUGCUUGAUGCUAAACUUCUGGUAACAAAUUUUGUGAAUGCGUCCAAGGCCUUCAAUGCAACAUGCGCUGUCUUGCGUGGAGCACUAAAUGACAUGAUAAAUGACAUGAGACAGGUUCUUCAAGCUGCAGGUUUGAAUGAAUAAAAUGAAGCUGCAAAGAGAUGUUUACCAAAAUGUUAACCCAAAUUACGUCAGAACAUUAAAACAGAGUUUAUUGGCCAUACUUUUGCACUGUAGAGUUAAAUGGUUGGAAAGAAAUCUUAUACUGAAUAUUUUAUAAUAGUGCAUGUUAAAUGAAAUGGAAUAUGUAGAAUAAUAAUCAUUUAUGAAAACAAAUUGGGUAUAAUUUAUGACUUGUACUGUUUAAGGAAACUUGGGACUCUGGUGGUCUGUGCAAAAAAUUCUCACAAUUGAGACUAAUCUCAUUGUAAUGAUCAACUUAUUUUACAAUGUAUACAAUGGCUUUGGCCAAAGGUUCGGAAACUCUUAAUAUUACCGUUUUCUAAUAUAUAUUUUCUGUAUAUUAAUUAUUUUAAUUUUUUUGUUAUGUGAAUUUGCUUUAAGCAUAUUGUCAGUGAAGUUUCUUUUACUGAAACAAAUGAUACUGAAUGACAUUGACUUUCAGGAUUUACUAGUUGUACUGUAUGUCUAUUACUACUGUAUAUCCAGGCUUGAAGAGAUUUGCAUUCAUUAUUGACAUUAUUAACAUUAUGUUAAUAAAAAUGUAAAACGUU